AUGCCGAGAAUACGGAAAAAAACCUCAAACCGAAGCACAACCAAUGAUCGAAAGAAAAUUACGCAGAAGGUGAGGGAGACCAAGAAAAAGAAAGCAAAAGCUGCGAAGAAGAAUCCACAAUGGAAAUCAAAACAUAAGAAGGAUCCUGGAAUACCGAACAACUUCCCUUACAAGGACCAGAUUUUGGCUGAAGUCGCGGAACAACGGCGCCAGGCAGAAGAGGAGAAACAAAAGCGCAAGGAAGAGAAGCGCGCUGCCAAAACAGUCGAGGAGGCCGACGGUGAUGCGGAGGAUGGGAUUGCAAGUCUCGCUGCUAGGCAUCUGUUCAAGGCCACAGCGGCAAAAAAGCGACCAGAACCGGAGUUGGUGGAGGAGGAGAGUGAUGAGGACGAAUCCCCCUUGCUUGCCAGCCCAGAUCUGCCUGACCUAAAGUCUGCUUUGGAGUGCGCCGAUGUUGUGGUGAGCCUGUUGGAUGCUCGGGAUCCCCUUGCCUAUCGUAGCAGCUUCCUAGAAAGCUGGGUAAGCGAUAAACCAGAGAAGCGACUUCUGUUUAUUCUUAACAAAAUUGACGUUUGUCCUCGUGAAGCGAUAUCUGCGUGGCUGAACGCCCUCCGUGCCGAGAAUCAUACACUACCUUUUCGCUCAGCAUCGGCAUUCCUUCCAAGCGAACCAAGCUUGGACCCCAAAACGAAAGGCAAAGCUGUCCCUAAACAGACAGUAGAUGCUAUAGGCCGCGAUGCAGUUCUAUCUUGUCUCCAGCAGUGGGGGAGGGAAGGACAUAUUACCGUUGCUGUCGUUGGUCCCACAAAUAGCGGGAAAAGUUCCUUCAUCAACUCUCUACUCGGAAAAUCAACUUUCCCGACUUGCACCUCUCCAUUAUUAUCGGACGCGCGCCCUUCAACAACAACACAAGCACUUGAGGCUACGCUGGAAGUCGGCUCAACGUCCAUUCGCAUUAUUGACACUCCUGGAUUCUUAUGGAAGCAGGACGAGUCCAGCAAGAACGAGAUAACAAGAGCUCGUGAUAUAUUGCUACGAAGCAAAGGAAGAAUUGACAGGCUAAAAGACCCAAUACCAGUAGUCUCCCAAAUUGUUGAGCGGUCUACACCCGAGGAUCUGAUGUUGCUUUACAAUCUCCCUGCCUUUUCAAGGGGCAACUCAUCCUCGUUUCUAUCAGGCCUCGCACGCGCUCAACAGCUGCAUGGAAAACUGGAUUUGACUGGAGCCAGCCGUAUCGUUCUUCGGGAUUGGAGUACAGGCAAAUUCCCGCGGUACACGCUGCCCGACGCCGCCAAGGAGAUAUCGUCUCCUGCUUCUGAGUUGGCGGAACUCUACGCGAAGGAAGCGGAUAUACUCCAAUUGCUGCCAACUCACAAGGAGAUGAGGAAGGGAAGAGGGCUAGUCAAGAUGAGUCCUGGUGAAGUUGACGCAAGAGAGGUUCAGAUAGACAUCUCGUGGUUGCAAGAUGAUCAAAGUGGAUCGGAGCAAGAUGAAGACGUAGAUGAGGAGAUGGCAGACGAGGACGCCGAAGCCAUUGACGCCGAUCCUCUGGACUCGGACUCGGACUCGGACUUGAACGAGGAGGAGGACGAGGAUGAAAUCCCCGCGCCAGCGCCUUCUUCGAAGCGUAAGCGCUCAGGUGCUUCAUCCACACAGCCCAACAAACGGGUAUCUUUCGCUGCUGGUACUGCAACUAAAGAACCCAAAUCCUCACGUAUCAAGACAUCCAAACCAAAAUCAUCCCCGAAAGGAUUUCCGAAGCGGCAUAGCAAAGCUAAGAAAGUCUAG